CCAGUCCAAAUGCAUUUGGGCCCAGCCCAAUAGAAGCACCCAAAACGGAGAUGAAAGUAGAGUCGUAGCAGUGUGGAAUGGGGGAUCCCUUCUGCCUCAAUUUCCCCCUUCUCCUCCGCCCAAAACUCCAGGUAGAUUGGUCAACAGAUAAGCUAGCUUCAGGCAGUCCAAGUUUGAUAGCAUAUUCCAGGCUGAGUGGUGUGGAUAUGGAUUUGAGCUGGCUGAGCGCCAUUCUAGUUGGGGCGGGCUGCCUUGCUUUGGGCUACUUCGCGGGUACAUCUUACCCUGCUAGGAUUUUUCUCUCGCCCAGAUCAUCUAAAGACACUACUGCACUUGUUAGUACUAAAAAAAACAAGAAGAAGGAUAAUCCCAAAGAUCCUUUUGAGAUCGAAAAGCUAGCUGACAUUCUUCAAGAUUUCAAGAUGAUUUUGGUAGUGAGAAAUGAUCUAAAGAUGGGUAAAGGGAAAAUUGCCGCCCAAUGCAGUCAUGCAACUUUGGGUCUCUAUAAAAAGCUACUUCAUCGGGCACCAAAGGCCCUGAACAGGUGGGAGAUGUGUUCACAGCCUAAAGUGGUUGUAAAAAUCGAGAGCGAGGAGGAUAUGCUCAUGUUGCAGGAGAAUGCAAAAUCACGCAAGCUCCCAACCCAUAUUACGAUUGAUGCGGGGAGAACUCAGAUUGCACCAAAUUCAAGGACAGUGAUGGCUAUUCUUGGACCCGUUGAAGUGGUUGAUGAAGUAACUGGUGGACUGAAAUUGUUGUAGCUUUGCUAAGGUCAAGUGGCCUGGGGUAGAUAGUGUUGAAUUGAAUUGAAACAACACAUUGAUCCGUUUUCAUGCAUGUUCAAUUUGGUACAUUAAUCACGUCUUGUUUUUACCAAUUAGCAAACAAGAAUUGUAAUUUAUAGUUUCAUUGGUAAAGAGAGGAAAUAUUUUGACACACCCAUUUGUUAAUAUUUGCUAAAGUCCAAAUUUUAAUUGAGGAGUUUGGGAUGUGUACAUGUUAUAGUUAAGGUGCCUAAUACCACAUGAGUUGACAUUUUAUAUCUA